GAGCCCAGACACAAACCUAACCCAAACCCCCCCGGACCAAAAAUCUCCGAACCCUCGCCGGCAGCACCCGGGGUGGCCGCCAUGCACGCCUCCGCCCGCUUGCUCCGCCGCCUAUCCUCUUCCUCCUCCGCCCGCUCGCUCCGCCGCCUCCCUUGCCACCCAUCACCCUCGCCGCCUCCACAUCCAUCUCAUCUGCCGCCCCUUCGAACCGUGACCCGCGCCCUCCUCCCCCACCUCGCUGCCCCCCGCUUCUCCACCAUCUCUUGCGCAUCCACACCCUCUCUCCGCCUAGGUGAAUGCGGCGCUCCCGGAACCCCGGCGAUACCGUUGGCGGAGAAUUCCGAGGGGGAGGAGGAGGCGGAGUCUGUGGCGGCUCGGCAUGACACCGACGCGUUCGCGGCGGUGGAGCUCGCGCUGGACUCGGUGGUGAAGGUGUUCACGGUGUCAAGUGGCCCUAACUACUUCCUGCCGUGGCAGAACAAGGCCCAGCGCGAGAGCAUGGGCUCCGGCUUUGUAAUUUCUGGAAAAAGGAUCGUCACGAAUGCUCAUGUGGUAGCUGAUCAUACUUUUGUUCUUGUGAGGAAGCAUGGAUCACCUACAAAGUACAAGGCGGAAGUUCAGGCUAUUGGCCAUGAGUGUGAUUUGGCUCUUCUUACAGUUGAGAGUGAGGAGUUUUGGGAGGGGAUGAACAGCUUGGAUUUUGGAGACAUUCCAUUUUUGCAGGAAGCUGUUGCCGUGGUUGGCUACCCUCAGGGUGGAGACAAUAUCUCUGUCACCAAGGGGGUUGUUUCUAGAGUGGAGCCAACACAGUAUGCCCAUGGUGCGACUCAGCUCAUGGCUAUACAAAUAGAUGCAGCUAUUAAUCCAGGCAAUAGUGGAGGGCCUGCAAUCAUGGGUGAUAAAGUGGCUGGAGUUGCUUUCCAAAAUCUGUCAGGAGCAGAAAACAUUGGGUAUAUUAUACCUGUGCCUGUAAUUAAGCGUUUUAUUUCUGGUGUGGAAGAGAGUGGCAAAUAUUCUGGGUUUUGUUCUCUUGGGAUAUCUUGCCAGGCCACUGAGAACAUCCAAAUAAGAGAGUGCUUUGGUAUGCGGCCUGAAAUGACUGGAGUGUUGGUCAGUAGAAUAAAUCCUCUGUCUGAUGCUUACAAAAUUUUGAGGAAAGACGAUAUCCUUCUCGAGUUUGAUGGCGUGCCUAUUGCGAAUGAUGGGACAGUUCCAUUUCGAAAUAGAGAGAGAAUCACCUUUGAUCAUCUUGUGUCCAUGAAGAAGCCUGAAGAAACAGCUGUUAUCAAAGUACUAAGAGAUGGCAAAGAGCAUGAAUUGAAUGUGACACUUAGACCUUUGCAACCUUUGGUUCCUGUACAUCAAUUCGAUAAACUGCCCAGCUACUACAUCUUUGCUGGUUUUGUUUUUAUCCCGCUGACCCAGCCUUAUCUCCAUGAAUUUGGGGAGGACUGGUACAACGCUUCGCCACGCCGACUGUGUGAACGGGCACUGAGAGAGCUUCCGAAGAAGGCUGGCCAACAGUUAGUAAUAUUAUCUCAGGUCCUAAUGGAUGAUAUUAAUGUUGGUUAUGAAAGGCUGGCUGAACUCCAGGUAAAGAAGGUGAAUGGUGUUGAGGUUGAGAAUUUGAAGCAUUUGUGCAGUAUCGUGGAGAACUGCACUGAAGAAAACUUGAGAAUUGAUUUGGACGAUGAGCGGGUGAUCGUCCUGAAAUUUCAGAACGCGAGGCUUGCCACGUCUCGGAUCCUCAAGCGGCACAGGAUUCCAUCAGCCAUGUCGAGUGACCUUGUCGAUGAACAAGCGAGCAAAGGUGAGACUGAGGCGUCAUGCACAAACUGACACAUUUUCGUAGGCGUAGCUACACAGUUUCUGUGGAAGCACCGAUGUUAGCUCGGUCUUUCUAGAGACAAAUGAGGUAGGCCGAGGACUGCUGGAGUCACCCAUGAGCCCAUCGGUUGCGGCGGGCUCCAGUUUGGCUGAUUUAGUUUUGACAGAAGGAAGAGGAGGUCUUCAGCAAAUAAGAAGAACCCAAGUUCUUCACCCUGAGUUGUAACACCAUCAUUCUUUGCUCCCCUCCCGACUAUUUAUCAUUCUUUCUUUCGCCAGUGUACGGGUUUUGGCACCCUUAUGUUAAAUUCAGAUUAUGUAUCAUCACGAAAGCAGAACAUAGGAGAUAUGAAUUUCAAGAAGCAAGACACUUCGUUCCAAACUGUACAAGUAAAAAAACAGAAGAGGGGCCGAGUUUCGGAAAAAAAGAACUGUACAAGUUCUGCUGACAUGUUAAUUCUUUGGAUGCUGUGGAUGAAUUUAUAGAAAAAAAAUUAGCAGAGAA